UAAGUCCAAAUCAAACACGAAAAAACAGUAAGAAGAUAAUGGAAGAAGACACAGAUUCACGAAAGCAAGCUAGGCUAGCCAUUUUGGAACUAGCCAACAUGAUAAGCGUCCCUAUGUCCUUAAACGCCGUCGUACGUCUCAACGUUGCCGAUGCAAUCUGGGAAGGUGGUUCCAACGCGCCUCUCACUGCCGCUCAGAUCCUCGCGCGUGUAAUUCCAAACGGUGGCGGUGACGCCGAGAAUCUCCAGCGCGUGCUACGCAUGCUCGCUAGUUAUGGUGUGUUUGAAGAGGUUAUUGCUGGCGGUGAAAGGAAGUACUCGCUGACGGACGUUGGGAAAACUCUUGUCACCGAUGAAGAAGGUUUGUCGUAUGGCGCUUACGUGCUCCAACAUCACCAGGAUGCGUUGAUGAGAGCAUGGCCAUUGGUACAUGAAGCAGUUGUGGACCCAUCAAAGGAGCCAUUUGAGAGGGCAAAUGGAGAAGGAGCAUAUGAUUAUUACCUAAAGAAACCAGAGAUGAAUGAGUUAAUGUUGAAGGCUAUGUCAGGGGUAUCAGUGCCUUUCAUGAAGGCUCUUUUGGGGAGUUACCAUGGGUUUCAAAAUGUGGAGAAGCUGGUUGAUGUUGGUGGCAGUGGUGGUGAUUGUCUUAGAAUGAUCUUGCAGAAAUAUCCUAAUAUUAAAAAAGGGUUGAACUUUGAUCUUCCUGAAGUUGUGGCCAAAGCACCACAGAUUCCAGGUGUAACUCAUGUGGGUGGUGACAUGUUCCAGUACAUUCCACAAGCAGAUGCUAUCUUUAUGAAGUGGGUGCUAACAACAUGGACAGACAAAGAGGUCAAACACAUAAUGUCAAACUGUUACAAGGCACUCCCAGCAGGAGGAAAACUAAUUGCUUGUGAGCCAGUGUUGCCGGAGGAUUCAGAUGAUAGCCACAGAACAAGGGCAUUGCUUGAGGGUGACAUUUUUGUGAUGACAAUUUACAGAGCCAAAGGAAAGCAUAGGACUGAAGAACAGUUUAAGCGGCUUGCAAUUUCAGCAGAUAUGGCUCAAGAUCUUCAAGGUUUCACAAUUUUCGCUCUUGAAUCUCUUGUCGAGGAAGAACAUGGUGAUGCGUUCUUUAAGAUGUUUUGAAAUGGGGUGAAACGGUUAUUUCUACCUUGCUAUGAUUUUCUAAGCAUAAACGACUAUCCUUCUUGUGAUUGAAAAGUAUCAUGGAUGCAACAUGUUUUUUCUAUUAUGGAGAGACUAAGAUUAAUUAUUGAAGGUGAUGAAGUAUUGUGGGUGAUAAUGAACGUUAUGAAGAUAAAUGCUGAUUGUUAUGAAAAUGGUUAUGAAAGUGUGAAUCAUAUGGAGAUUCAAGAAGUUGGUUGUUAUGGAAUGUCAAUGUGGUACUUUAUUUGAAAACUAUGAUAUUUUAACUUAAUGCAUUGUCUUUUUUACCGAAUCGUCCAUUUUGAUUGCAGGGUGUGCAUUUUGAUUGUGUCUUUGUUUUGGUAUGAAUUUUUGGAAGUGUAAACUUCAUUAUAUUUGUGCUUUAAUUGCAGACAGCAUCCAGGACAAUACGAAUACUAUAAGAACGAUGAUGACUGGAGGUAAAAAAUAUUUGUUUGCUUCUUUUACUAAAGUAAAGCACUGAUAAAAAAAUUAUACUUCUACUUUUAUAUAUUGGUAUGUUCCAUUUUCUAUGAAGCACUGUCACUGACGCAUACACAACACUAACACGUCGACAAUUGUAAUGAUUUGUUGAAAAAGUGGAAUAAUUAAAUUGAACACCAAAUUAGUUCAUGUCAUGUCACUCUCAAACAUUGAAAACCCCUUUCAUUCGUGAUCCUAUGGUGUCUUUUUUUCUUUCUGAUAUGUGUAAUAAACCCAAAGUUGUCGCAUAGGUCUUGCAGUGCAUUUCCAAGGUUAGGUGUUUUGUUUAUCUUCUAUUUGAUCACAAUUAUUAAACUAAAGUUAGUUUAAAGAUGGGAUACAUAGGUAAUUUUUAUGGAGACCAGAGGUUGAUGGUGUACUGCCUAUCAGAUGCAACGUGCAUAUGCUUGUCGUGUGAUCGAAAUGUUCAUUCAACAAAUACCAUUGCUCAAUGGAAUGGAAGGAAAAUUUUAUGUGAGACAUGCACUUCACAUCCUACUUUGGUUAGAUACUCAUAAAUUGAUAUUAUUGUGAUUGGUUAGGCCAUGGUAACUCUACAUCUUUCAAUCAUAAUAGGCAAAUAAUCAUUUGCUACUCAAGUUGUGCGUCGUCAAUAGAACUGUCUUUGAUAUGGUCUUUUGUAUUGGAUAUUCCUUCUUUAAGUGAAACUACAUGUGACCAAGAACUUGUUUCAUGAGUAUUAAUGAGAAUGUACGUGCUUGGGUCGAUCCAAAAAACCAGAAUGUCUCUGAUUCAGAUAAAGUUACUGAUCAGCCAGAUUUGUGUUGGAAUUCAAAUCAAACCUUGAGUAAUUCCUUAUCAAUACUCGAUGACAAUGAUGGAAAAAAUAAAUAAACUUUGGGUUGCAAAGGAUUAGGGUUUGCGGAAUAAAAGGAAGAAGAUGAUUAUUUUCUGUAGAGUUUCUCUUUGCCCACAGACUUUGGAAAAUAUAUUAUUCACUUGCAAUUGCAAAUUUUGUGAAUACAAGUUGUGUAUCAAAAUAGGAGUUGCUCCCUCUAUUUAUAGUUUUAGGUUUGCUUUCUCCCAAAGCCAAAUAAAGCCCAAAAAACAAAAGCCCAAAGUACCUAUUUCGAAUAUAAAUCGAAUAUGUGUGUUGCAACCUACUUACAACACUUCUACAACUACAAACAUUUCGAUAAACUAACUUUUUGACACGCCUUGUCUCGAACAACAUCCUGCUUUGACACAAGGAAUUACAAUUUAAUACACCACCUAAUUCAUUGUGUAUAAGCUAUCUACAUUAAUCAUAGCUCUUAGUCUUCCGAAUACUUUGACCUGAACACCCUUCGUCAUGAUGUCUGCAAUCUGAUUUUCAGUUUUGCAAUGUUCCAUAUUCAUAUUCCCUUUAGCUACAUGCUCUCGAAGAUAAUGGAAUCUCAUUUCGAUGUGCUUGCUUCAACCAUGUGCUAUCAGAUUUUUCUCCAGAUUGAUGGGUGACAUGCUGUUGAUCUUCAUGGUAAUUGCUCCAUGAUCUUCUGUUGUAAUCUCUUCGACCAGGUUCAUCAUCCAUGUUACUUGACAUGCACAGAGGGAAGCAGCUGUGUACUCCACUUUGCAUAAUGAUAGUGCCAUUACUAGUUCUUUUCUCGAACUCUAAGCAACUGGCGCACCACCUAUCAUAAACACAUAACCAGUUGUGGAUUUUUUAUUCUCAGCAUCACUACACCAACUCGAGCCGUUGUAACACACUAGUUUGCAUUAUUUUCCUUCAUCAGCUGUUGGAAACAGAAUGCCAUAUUCGAGAGUUCCUUUCAUAUACCUUAGUAUCCUCUUCUUGCUAGAUGUGAUACCUCUGGCUUCUGUAUGAAUAUACUCACCAUACCCACAUUGUAUGCUAAGUCAGGCAUUGUGUGACAGAUGUAUCUUAAUGACCCAAUAAGUCUUCUGUAUUGGGUUGGGUCAACAUCAUAUUCAUCUAAUUCUUUUAACAGUUGCAGUCUUGGUUCUACAGAUGUCGAAUUCGAGUUGCAUUCUUCUAUCUGAAAUCUCUUGAGAAUUUCAUUUGCAUAUCUUUUUUUUGACCAACUGCCCUAUGCUGAGCAAAUUGCUCUUCAUGCCUGGUAUGUACAACACAUUGGAGAUAAGUGAUCUUUUUCCAUCUUUCCUAAUAAUCAGAACAUCACCAAUACCUUCAGCUGCUAGAGUAUUGUCAUUUGCAAAUUUCACCGUGUUAUUCAUAGAUGGCUUUAUGUUGACAAAUCAAUCUUUCCUUCCAGAGAUGUGUGAUGAGCAUCCUGAGUCCAAGUACCACUAGUCCUUGAAUCUCUCUUCAUCUUUUGUUGUGACCAUCAACAUCAUCUCUUAUUCUUCUUCUUCUUCUUCUUCUUCUUCUUCUUCUUCAUAUUUUGCAAACUUUGCAUCACUUUCUUGAUUCUUUUGUUUUUCUAGAAAAUUACUAGCAUAAUGGCCAUACUUUUGACAAUUGAAAUACUGAAUGUGACUUUUGUCAGAUUUUCGACCACCAACUUUUCCUUCACCUGCAACACCAUUUCUUUGGUUGUUUCGGUAUGAGGGUUUUUUCUGAUUCAACCAGCUUCCUUCUUGUUGAUUUCGACCAGUCGAAUUGUUGUAACCUCCUCUACCUUUGUUUCUAUUCCAACUUCCUUUAUCUUUCUUUUCUUUUGCUGAUUGAGCCUACAAAGCCACAUCGCUAUUAGACUUGCCUGCAGCUAUUUUAGGCAUUCUUUGUUCAUGAGAUUCAAGCGUCCCUUGAAGCUAUUCCUUUUUCAAUGUUGACAAAUAUUCAUACUCUUCUAUGGCUACCACCACGUGGUCGAACUUUGGAGCCAAUGACCUCAAGAUCUUUUCCGUAACUGAUCUUGAUGUCAACACUUCUCCACAUACCUUGAUUUGAUUCACAAGUUUUGUAAUCCUAGUGAAGAAAUCAAUUAUGCUUUCACUUUUCUCCAUCUGAAGCGAUUCAUAUGUUCUUUUGUGAGUUUGUAACCUCACCUCUUUCACCUUUUGUGCACCUUCAAAAGAAUUUCCCAGACUUCUUUUGCUGAUACAACAUCACCAAGCUUCUCAAAAUUAUUUGGAUCAACACAUUGAUGAAUUAAAAAGAGUGCUUUAUAAUUAUUCUUUUUCAAUUCUCAGUGUUUAGCAUUUUCUUCACCCGUUGCGUUGUCUGCAAGCGGUGUUACUCCUUCUUUCACAAGAUCCCAAAGAUCUUGAUAACACAAAACCACAUUCACCUGCUUGCACCAAUUGUCAUAAUUCAGGCCAUUUAGAAUUGGGAGACUCGUCGAAAAAUGUCUAUUCAGAUGAUUCAUUGCCAUCGUGAUUUUCUUCCUACGAAUCGCUCAGCCAGUACUCUAGAUACCAGAUGUUGAAAUUAAACUCAAACUUUUGAGUAAUUCCUUAUCGCUACACAAUGGUAACGAAAGAAGAAAGAAAGGAAAUUUGGGAAGAAAUAUGAAGGGUUUGAACAAAAUUAAAAGGAGGAAGAAGAAUAUUUCCUGCAGAGUUUUUCUCUAUCCAUAAACAGUGGACAAAUCUUAUACAUUUUGCAACUGCAAAAUUAUGUGAAUACAAGUGUCAUUGCAAAAUUAGAGGUUACUCCAUCUAUUUAUAGUUUUAGGUUGCUUUCUCCCUAAGUCAAAAUCCAAAACUACAAAAGUCCAAAAUACCUAUUUUGGUUUAGGUUGAAAUCUUGUGUGAAGCAACUUGCUUUUACACUUUGACAUAUAAUACAAUUCGACACAAGUUAAACUAUUUCGACACAUACAUGGUUUCGACACAAAAAAUUACAUUCUUAACAAAUUUAAGGGUUAUGUGGAUAUAUAUUUUCAUUACGAAACAAAAGUUCUGAUCGAGCUGGAUGUGACGAUUGCGAGAACGAUCAAAGAUAUUAUAAAGAUUUUGGAACGUCUCCAAAUUAGAUGAAACAAAAAAUGAGGAAUGAGAUGAAAUAUAUUCUAUCAUGUUCCAUUUCAUUCUAUCUAUUAUUUACAAAACCAUACAAUGAACUCUCAUUAAUUACCACUGCCUUCCAUUCAAUUACAUCCGAUACCACCAAUACAAACAUACCAAGAUAAUUAUGAGCCAUUAUUAAAAUAUUUGUUUAAUAUCCUUUUUCUUGGCUCAUUUCUUACAUAUCCUUUGCAAUUUGAUAUUCUUUCUAACACCAGGUUAAGUUAUACUAAAACAAAUGUGGCCAGAAAAAAACAUUAAAUAUAAAACAAAUACAAUCACCAAUAUCAUUUCUGCUUUGAAUAAAACCUUUCAUUUGAUUUGAUCUUAAUAUACUUUAAAUCUAAUAAAAAAAUAUAAUAUCAUCUCAUUGGUACACUAAUUCUAAAACAAACCUUAUCAUCGUGAAAUAUUAUCAUAUUGUCCAUGUUUAUCAUGAAAGGUUAUCAAAGAGCUAAAAAAUAACUUUAGGAUGAUUAAAAUUGUAUCAUCGAGUGAUCGAAGAGACAAACACAACACAUAUUCUUUUUCAAAAUAAUAAAGCUAAUUUUCGAAUGACUUUAUGCAUUUCCAUGAGUGCUCAAAAAAUUCACUAUAAAUUGAAACACAAAUUUAAUGUUAAUUUUCAUUAAACUUUGAAAAUUAUAUCUUAAAAUAUCAUGUUUGUUUAUGUUAUGAUCGUCUUAAUUUUCCUAAUUUUUGUUGUAAGUGACAUCAGUGCUGGUCAAGGUUAUGCUUGUAAUGAGGAUGAAGACUGUCCUAUCCCUUUGUGUAGGCCUUUGUUAUCGGUUUGUACUGAUCAGUUGUGUAUCUGCAUAAAAGUUUAACAGUGAAGUUGAAAAUUAAUAUAUGUUACUUCUAUAUAUUUGUAAUUUAAUUUACAUGUCACAUAGUGUUAUGAGUCUUAUGGGUCAUGAUAACAUUUUAUAUUUUUAUUUAUAUAUUUUUAGAAUAUAAAUAUAUUUUUUAUAUUUAACAAAUAAUCUUUAAUUUAUUUA